CAAUUGGCAACCCUGUCGGAAAGGGGCACGACACGUGCGCUUUGCAUUUCAGAUUGCUUCCAUGUUGUAUUUAGUCCCACAGUCCCAUUAGCGACGACUGUCGUGUAAAUUUGCAUUUCGACGCCGCUUUUUAGUGAUAUCUCGGUGCCAGCGGUGUUUGCUUUUGCCGCAGCGAGUUUCGACGUGUGUUAUGCCCAUUUGACUGAUCUGUGCUGAAGCUGCUUCACAGGAAGAAUAUAAUCGAAGCCGACAUUCGACGAUGGCGCCGCAGACCCGCAAAAAUUGUCCCGGUCGGCGCCGCUAACUGUUAGGGGGAUCGUCGGGUCUGCAUAAAGCAUUCAGGUUGAAUCAUGCCUGCGUCAGUGAAUGAAAGCAUCUCGGCGUCGCUGCAGCUAUCCAUGUGGGCGCCGCACACUAAGGCUGUCAACGGCCUCGAUGAUGGGGCGGCCGUGCAGCAGAGGAUGGCCUCUGUGGCCAAACUGGUGCCGGACAUCUCUUACGAGACCUCAACGGACUCGUACUACUCGUCUGUGCUGCACAGCCUGAAAGCCAAGUACUCCGAGGCCAGCAACACUGCUCCGGUGGCCAACGGCCAUACGGCGGACAAUGUGUUGGCGCAGCCGACUAUAACGCUCUUCCCCCUGGACAGAGUGAACAUGGCUUGGCCAAAGGACAAAGAUGUGAAAGUUGGCUCUGGAUUUUCAAAUGCUGGAAAUACGUGCUAUCUCAAUUCGGUGCUCCAGGCUCUUUUCCACAUACCUCCUUUGUACAAUUGGCUGGCAUUAAAUGACCAUGAGCACCAAAGCAACUGUGCGACCUUCAGGGGCAUGUCCCAGGACUGCAUCGUUUGCUGCAUGGCCCUCACUCUGCGGUCAAGUCAAAGCUGCAACACUUUCAGACCCACCCUCAUCCUAAGCAAACUGAGAACUAUCUGUAAACGGCUCCAAGUGGGACACCAGGAGGAUGCAAUGGAGUUUCUUCGUUAUCUGCUGGAGUCGAUGGAGAAGUCCUAUCUGCACAGACAUACUUCUCUUAAGUUGGACAACAGAUCCAAGGAGACGACUCCGCUGAACCAAAUAUUUGGAGGCUACAUCAGAACUGAAGUAACUUGCAUGUCGUGCCGCGCUAUCAGCACCACCUUCCAGCACUUCCUGGACCUGACUCUGGACAUAACCAGAGCUACUCACUUGGAGAACGCGUUAGACAAUUAUUUUGCACCAGAGCGGUUAGAGGAAAACUCGUACCGAUGCGAUAAAUGUAAAAAGAAGGUUCCCGCCACCAAGCAGUUUUUUGUCGAACGUCCGCCUAACGUCCUUUGCAUACAACUAAAAAGAUUCAGCAUAGAUGGUAAGAAGAUCAACAAGAAAAUCAUCCUGAACGAAAGAGUCAAUCUGCUCAAGUACAAGCCAAGAGUCAACGGCUGCCACCAGAAGGGUGCCAAUUAUAAACUGGUGGCCGGGGUCAAUCACAUGGGCCAUUCAGCUCAAUCUGGCCACUACACCACUCAAGCCUAUGCCCAUAAUAGCAACCUUUACCUCUUUGAUGACACUAACGUUCAGUACCAGCCGCCAAGAACGUUCAGUUAUUCGGAAGCAUACGUGCUGAUGUAUUUACUAGAGCCCUCUAAGAAACAGGUGGAAAGUUUGUCUCAGCCACCAUCGGUAGUACUAGGUCAACCAGCGCGUUCACCUAUGCUGCCCAAAGCUCCUUUCCUCCCUACCAAGCUGCACCAGACUCCCAAACCUGCGAUUAUCUUCAACCAUAACAGAUCCAUGAUCCCCUCUGCUGUUGCAUCGGCAUCUUCGGCAAACAAAAUCUCGCCCGUGAAGAAGGUGGUCACAAUACCCAGCGUGAAAUCUGAAUUUACCAACGGAAACGCUAAUCCCUCUACCAGUGGAAUCCAAAGCAGGCCUUCGACUUCACAACCCUCCCCUCGGCUUAUAGGCCCAAGUAUGCCUAGUCUUGUCCCAUACCAGUCGGACCAUUCUAGUGAGGAUGAAAGUGAAGAAACUAGUGUGGCCAAGCCUGAAGCAAAACCAGUUAAAGCAGAAACUAGCAGCAAUGGUGAGACCAAGCCCACUGCCGCGCCAGUUGCUGAGAAGCCAACGGAGAAGCAGGAACCAGCACCAACCAAUGGAACCGCAGAACCUCCUCCUCCUCCCCCAACACCAAGACAUCCAAGUCCACAGGAAUAUUCCGUCAAGUCGACAACUCCAUCUUGGGACGUGUCGUCUGCAGAUAAAACGCCGCCCAACCAACCGAUCAGCAAGUUGCCAUCAAACUCUCAUUGGGUGGUCACUGAAGUCUCCAAACAAGUGAAAAUAGAGGAUGGGAAACCCAAGGAGAGCCUUAAGAGAAAGCGGGAUUCGCCAGAUAGCGAUGAGAUGGAGUGGAUCGAGAAGCCAAAGGACAGUGCCAAGAUACAGACUGCUGGAGCGGGCACCAAUGUGUCUUCUUCAACUGCUCUCAACGGCUCCAAGCGGCAGGACUUGUAUGGGCCUCUUCCGCCUGGCCAAAUGGUUGCUGGUCUGCCCAGAAACGGGCUCAAAGGAUACGGUGGAGCAGAAGUUAAGUCAUGGAACGGCACCAAGAGUUUGGUUGAUAAACAAACUUAUGAAGACCACUGGAUGGCCAAGAGAGACAAAGAUUAUAGCUGUGAUUAUGACGACGAGAUGGAUGGAGGAAAGAAAAAGAAAAUGAAAAGCAGUAACGGAGACAGCUACAGCCACGGCAGCAGCAACAAGUUUCAGGCCGUGGCCAACUACAGACAGGAGUCUGAGCGGAACCGGAGCCGCGAUUGGCGCUCUGACAAGUUCUAUGACCGGAACAAGCCCUACUAUGAUGAUCGCAGGGGGGGACAAUCUAACUAUUCACAACACCAAACGUGGCGGCAUCAAAACGGCAACAAUCACAAACCAUACAACCGUAAAUUUGAAUUCAAAGAUAAUAGACACAAACACCGGCACGGACACAGCUGGAGAAACAACCAUAGGCGAUAGUAAUUCCAGGCAGAAACGCAAUACUCCAGAUGUAGCAAGGGAGCGUGUCCAGCGUGUAAAUUUUCCUUUUUUGUGCAAUCUACUUUAAUUAGCUAAUAAAUCACUGGUCGACUUUAGUCUGCCUAACAUCAGUCUGGAAA